AGCGCUUAUUACGAUAAUUAUUCAUGAGUAGGCUAGCCUACGCUAGAUAUGCAUUAAAUAGAGAGUGUACUGUUCCUUCUGUUUGCUUAAACUCACCUGAAGCUCAAACAGGAUGUUAUCCCGGGAUACCUGCUUGUGAUAUCCUGCACUGCAUCGGUUAUGCUCGGGGACAUGAAAACCAGCCAAACAUCGCAAUACGAGCGUCUGUGUGUUCAUUUUAAUUAAGUUAUUUCGUUUAAUCCAAAUCUUCUGAUAGCUGCUGUUUUUUUAUUAUUCAUUUUCAUUUUUUUUAGACGAAUAUGGGAGAUUUGAGUUUUGUUUGGUUGUGUUUACAUGUCAUUGUUUCUAUGCCUUUAACUGUCUGUCUGAGCCGAUCCAGCACAGGUAUUGUGGCUUUCCUCGACGCACCUGACGCGCCGGUCUCCAGUGUUCCUUUACACGUUCAGUACACCUGUCACGAGUCAUCCGAAGUGCACGUUCAGGUUCUGGUUUCGUUCGAUUCUGGAUCUACCUCAGUUGUUUUUCACAAAUACUGGACCUGCGAGCCCGGUCGUGGCAGAACCCGAGUGGUGCUCGUGAGUUUUCCUGACUGGCUUGUGUACCGGCCCGAUUGGAUAACACGCAGUUCUGAAUGGGUUCUCAGCUGUUUAUUGCGAGGUUGGAUCGGCCCUGAUGAAUCCACCGGACCGGGUAGGCUUUUUAGAGCCAGUGUCACGGUCCCCCUCGAUGUUCACUCACCACUGAGUCGACCCUUCAAACAACACCUGCUUUGUGCCAGCUGGGACACAGAUCUGCUCUGGAGAGUCAGGCGAGAUGGCAUGCCACAGUGCGCGGAACAAAAUGAGGUGACGUCUCUUCUUUCCACAUUGUAUGCCUCUACUGGUGAGCGUUAUGGCAUCACCAAAACCCUCGAGCCAUUCAGAAAUGAAGUUUUGGAAAGCCUGAGAAUCAAAUCUAUCCAUUACCCCUGGUGUGCCAUAUCUUUCUGGGUUUUGGUGACAAGUCCUUGCAGUGACCGUUUAUGUGGACUUCUGCAUCACAUUGAUGUGAAAAACAGUUAUGCCACCCCUACCUUGUUCCUCACUGACACUGGUAAGGUUCACAUCCAGGUGCAUGGAGAUGCAGGGCGCUCAUCGGCGUUCCUUUCAUCGUUUAAGGUUCCUCUUCAUCAGUGGUGUCGUAUCAACCUAGAGAUUCUGGGACGAAUGGCAAAAGUUUCGAUUGCAUGUACUAACGGACAGCAAAAAAACAAUAUGAAAGCUGAUGAGCACAUAUUUGGCAUGAACAUCAUGUUGGAUGACACGCAUGGCUAUUUUGUGAUUGGUGGAGGUAAAUUCAUACAGGGAAUUGAAGGAUAUUACGGACCGACUACAUUCUAUCGCUUACAGGGGCUCCCAGCUGACCAGGCUGAGAUUCACCUUCCUCAUGUAAUAUCAAAGGUUAAUAUCACUGGAUGGUUUCAGUCUUGUGAAAAUUUCAAAUCAGAGCUUUUCCUCUCUGUGCCAAGUCACUCGCUCCCUUUAAAGAGACUGUCAGACAGCUGUUUGGACGCAUACACAGAACUGCUGCUGAAUCAUUGUACAGUAAACUCAACAGAGCAAUGCAUGCUCUUUGAAUCUCAGACAAAUCCUUACAGACGCCAAGUUGCACAGUUGACCAAACUACUGUCACAGAAAUAUGGCAGGGUGAAUGCUACAGCAGUGGGACGGAUGUUGUACGCUCUAGUCCUCCGUAAAUUCAGUACAGCUCACAGUGUGGAGGUUAUAAGCAGGAUGAUGCCUUUCCUGCUGCAGUCUGGCUGCUUGGGAGACUAUAGAGCGCUGCAUCUGUCCUCGGUGCUCUACAGCAGUGGAAUCGGAGUCAAGAGACAGCCGUACAAGGCUUGGCUGUUGUCCCUGUUGGCAGCUCAGAAGGACUGGAGAUUGGCACUUCUGCGUUUGGGGCACAUGCACCAUGUUGGUGACCUGGAGACGACCCCUGACCGUGACCUUUCCUAUGCUUAUUACAUUAAUAUUGCGAGACAAACCAGCAUUGAUCAGAAGAAACCCACCCCACAGCAAACUUUUGUUGAGUUGAUCCGUUUAAAUGAUGAAGAGACCCUGAGGGCCCAAACCAAUGAAAACGACGAUCUAUUUCACUGGCUAAAGCUGCAGGCGCGAAGUGGAGUGGCCGAGGCUGAGCAAGCAAUGGGUCGUAUGUUAUUCUGGGGUCAGCAAGGUGUGUCUCCAGACAUUCAGACAGCAGUGAAGCACUAUGAAAGAGGAGCCAUCAAACUCAACGACCCCGUGUCCAUGUACGACUACGCCAUUGUGCUCCUCACGGGUCAAGGAGUUCCAAAAGAUGUUCAGAAAGCUGUUAAAUUCCUGAAGAAGGCAAUAGAACAGGGGUCUGUUCCCGCUCUCACAGCUCUGGGCUGGUACUUUGAGCAGUACGAGAAGGAUUAUGAGAAGGCUGUACAUCUGUGGGAACAAGCUGAUGCCAAAGGUCACCCCGAUGCUGCCAUGAAUCUGGGAGUUUUCCACUCUCAGGGCCUUUAUCCCGGAGAACCCGCCGACCAGUUUAAGGCAUACAAGUACUACUUGAAGUCAGCCCAGAGAGGACUCCUAAGCGGUGGCAUUGAAUUGGCUGACAUUUGGAUUCAUGGGAUCCCCGGCCAAGUCGUUCGCCGCCCAGCAGACGCUGUUCUUUGGGUUAAAUGGGCAUCUGAACAGAAUGGAUAUCUGGGAACAGUCUUGAGGAACGGGCUGAAUGCCUAUUUCAAAGGAGACUGGAUCAUUUCUUUGAUUUAUUACCUCAGUGCGGCAGAGAGUGGAUUCGAAGCUGCUCAGUUUAAUGUGGCGUACCUUUGUGAACUCAACUCAGGCUCUUUGGAUCCUGCACUGGUGACUCACUGCAUGUUGAGAUAUUACAACAUGUCGAUACAGAAUCAAGUUCCAGCACCUUAUGCUUUGAUCAGAAUGGGAGAUCUGUUCUACAGCGAACAGGCUUUGGGCAGAAAACGGCUUUCUGAUGCCGCAGAGAUGUACAAGCAAGCAGCUCUCAAAAACGAACCACAGGGUUGGUAUAAUCUUGGCCUGCUUGUCCAAAACGGAGAGUCUCUGCCGUUCAGUGUUCUUUCUGAGCUUAACUUGCUCCACCUUCACUUAACAGACCAACAGAAGCUACUGAGCACCCUGUACCAAAGAUGCAGAGAGACCAAUAGCACCGAUGCAUACCUGCCAUGCACACUGGCACUGAUCAGCGCACACCUGCAAUCCUUCCAAGCACAUCAAGAGACUGCCAUAAAGCUCAUUGCCACAGUUUCAGCAGUUUCAGCAAUAGGAACCCUGUCUUUUGCAUUCGGACUCUUUAAAUGGAGGACAACACGACUCCACCAAUCAUCUGCUUCCAGCCAAUCCCAGGGGGAGGAAGAGGAGGAAUCCUGACGGGAUUCUUCUAUUAUACUCAGUGGUUUUCCUCCACACAAAGCACUUUGCUUUACACUUUACUUUAAGCGUUUAUAUAUAAUUCAUUAAACUUAUUUUUACCCCUUUAGAAAGUAAAAUGCAUGAAAACCAAUUUUUAGAUGUAACAAGGAAUCUGUAAACAAAUCCAUUUUAACUUUGGUUACAAUUAUUUAUGAAAAUAUAAAUUUUACAAUGCAUCAUAAACGCUUCAUAAAAGUUAAAGGGUUACCAAUUUUUUAGUGGAUAUAAUGUGAAUAAGUUUUGUCUGACAAGUACUUUUUUUGAACUUCUCAAUAAAGUCAUUAUUUUUAAGUUUAA